AUGCCAACAACUGUAUGGACCAUUGCUGUUCCAUUUCUGUUAUUUCUUCUGGUUGGAUCCACUGCUCUGAAAAAUGAGGACAAAAACAUUCAACUUUGUUCAUCAUUGAAAGAAAAUUCGAAGAACCUGUCCAACCGCAACUUGACCAGGAUACCGACAGACUUACCUGUUGACACUGAAAACUUGGACGUGUCUCAAAACAAUAUUUCCAGUCUCAUCCAUGGGGACCUGUACAGGCUAACCAAGUUGUGUUUCUUUAAAAUCAGCCACUGUGGUCUUCAGUUCAUCUCAUCUGAUGCCUUUUCUAAUAACAGACAACUCAAGGUCCUGAACAUCUCCAACAACCCUCUCAUCAAUAUACCAUACUUGCCUUUGCCACAAUUGAGGAUCCUUGACCUCACUGGAAAUCAGUAUACCAGCUAUAAACUUCCAGCCUUUUUCAGUAACUUUACAUAUCUGACUGUAUUUGCAAUAGGUAGUACAAAAGCAGAUUCAGUUAGUGCUAAUGAUUUGGCACCUCUUCAAAAUACACAUUUAAGACAAUUCAGUUUUGGAGCUGGUUCUGAGUUACAGAAUUAUGAAAAUGGUUCCUUUGCUCAACUUAAAUCAUUACAAGAGGUGACUCUGAGAGUAACAUUUUGCACUGAAUUUAAUAUUUUCAACAGCAUGAUGAUAGACCUUGACCAAACUGAUACAAAGAAAAUCAGACUCAUCAAGCUCUUUCCAAAUCAGUGUGCCAUCUCAGGUGAUCCAUUUGAGAGCCUUAAGCAACUACGGGUCUUAACUAAUUUAAGCAUUGUGGACACUUGGAUAAACAGCUCAGUCAUGAUCAAACUAAUGCUAAAUAUCUGGGAAUCAUCAGUUGAGGAAAUUGCAUUCUUUAAUAUAACAUACAAUGAAGAUACUCCCUAUGGGUUUCAGUUUCCCAGUCAGAAACAUACAUCCAAUAUACGAGCAGUUGUUUUUGAUGGCGUGAACCACUAUCAAUACCAAUACCCCAAAGUCAACAUGAGCAUGGACUUGAUUUCUCAACUUACUUAUAUGAAGUUCUCUGGCAGUGGGAUGAACAUUCUUCCAUGCAAUCUAAUUUCAGUUAUUCCAUCAUUGCAAAUUUUGGACCUGUCAAACAACCUUUUGGAUGAUACUGGCUUCUGGUGGUUUAAAUGCUCAUAUGAAGGCGUGUUUCCUACUUUGACACAGCUUUCGCUAAGCAAAAACCGUUUUUAUAACCUGGCGUAUAUUUCCAAGAAGACCCAUGAAAUGAAGGUCUUGACUUCCCUGGACUUAAGCUUCAAUUCUAUCCAAAUUGGGGAGCCAUGCUACUGGCCUUCUCAUCUUACUGAACUGAAUCUUAGCCACAACAACCUGGGCAAUUCUGUGUUUCAAUACCUGUCUCGUCAUUUCCAAAAGAUUGACCUUUCAAAAACUGGCAUCAGUGCUGUCACUCAAGAUGUUCUUUUACAGUUCCCGAAACUAACACAUCUGUAUUUAAGCUUUAACAGCAUACAUUUCAUACCCUAUGAUCUUCAUUUACCUGCAUUGCAAACCCUCUACGUUGAUCAGAAUGCAAUCACCUCCAUCAGCCAGGAUGAGCUAGACGGCCUGUCUGGCCUGGAGACUUUGAAAGCAGGGAAUAAUCCAUUUGUCUGUGAUUGUGACUCCUUUUGGUUUGUGACCACACUGAAUAAAGUUCUUCUUCCUGACUGGCCAACAGAUUACACCUGCAGUUCUCCGCCAUCACAAGCUGGAAAGUACUUAAAGAUGUACAAGCCGGCAAAGUUUUCCUGCCGACCAGGACUCCAAGCAGCAGUUGCUUUGCCAGUAAUCAUUGUCAUCAUAGGUGCAUUUGGCAUAACUUUCUAUGCCUGUGAUGGCAUUUGGUACACUAAAAUGCUCUGGGUAUGGCUAAGGGUCAAAAGGCGGAGUUGCAAGCGGGCAGCCAAACUGAUGAGCAACACGUUUAAUUACCAUGCUUUUAUUUCCUACAGCCAAAAUGACUCAGAUUGGGUGAGCUCUCAGCUAGUUCCAACUUUAGAGAGCGAAGGGUUGUCGAUCUGCAUCCAUGAGCGAGAUUUCGUACCUGGUCAGUGGAUUGUGGACAAUAUUAUUCAGUGUGUUGAAAGCAGCUACAAAACCAUUUUUGUCCUGUCAAAUAACUUUGUACAGAGUGACUGGUGUACCUAUGAGCUUUUCUUUGCUCAGCACAGAGCUAUCAGUGUAAAGGAUGACUCGCUGGUUUUUAUCCUGUUGGAGCCCAUUCCAAAUGACUCCCUGCCCAAGAAGUUCUUAAAGCUUAGAAGCUUGCUAAAGCAACAAACAUACCUAGAGUGGCCAAAGGAUAAUCACAAGCAGAAGUUUUUUUGGUCUAAUCUUAGGUCUCUCCUACGCACUGCAGACAGAAAUGUGAUUCUGAAAGAGAUGGCAUUAGACAUAGCCGAAAAUUGUACUUUAUUGGAUGCACAAGAGUAA